GCAAAUCAAAACAAGGAAACUCGCCGUUGAAAAGGGUAAAGCAGAUGAGAGAUUUGUCGCCAUGCAUGCACGCAUCUAUGCCCUAGCUCUGCCCACUUCCCAUUUUGCAUAAAUACCCACCGCCUUAACAUCAUUCUUCCCCCUUACUCCUCCUCUCACAACCCGUCUUCUCCGUUUUACAACCCACCGCCGACAUUCACAGUCGCCGCCGGCAGCCCGCCAUGAACGCUCUCGCAGCCACCACCCGGAACUUCCGCAACGCAGCGCGCAUUCUGCGGUUGGACUCCAAGCUCGAGCAGAGCCUUCUCAUCCCCCUCAGAGAAAUCAAAGUUGAGUGCACGAUCCCAAAGGACGACGGGACUUUGGUCUCGUACGUUGGAUUCAGAGUACAACACGACAAUGCACGAGGUCCCAUGAAAGGAGGCAUCCGUUUUCAUCCUCAGGUCGAUCCAGACGAAGUGAGCGCCCUGGCGCAGCUAAUGACAUGGAAGACGGCGGUGGCCGAUAUCCCGUACGGCGGCGCCAAGGGUGGAAUAGGAUGCGACCCGGCGGAGUUGACUUGCCGGGAAAGGGAACGCCUCACCCGCGUCUUCACCCAGAAAAUUCACGACUGCAUUGGGAAUCACACGGAUGUUCCCGCCCCUGACAUGGGAACCAAUUCCCAGACAAUGGCUUGGAUUCUGGACGAGUAUUCGAAGUUCCAUGGGCAUUCUCUGGCUGUUGUUACAGGGAAGCCACUCGAGCUCGGAGGAUCGCUGGGUCGGGAGGCUGCGACGGGGCGCGGAGUGGUUUUUGCAACAGAGGCUCUACUGGCAGAAUAUGGAAAAUCAAUUUCCAAUAUGAAGUUCGUCAUCCAGGGUUUUGGAAAUGUGGGAUCUUGGACAGCCAGGCUUGUUCAUGAGCAAGGGGGGAAGGUCAUUGCGGUUAGUGACAUUACAGGUGCUGUGAAAAACCCGAACGGGAUCGAUAUCCCGGCUCUGCUGAAACACCAGGAAAGCACUGGUUGUCUGAAGAAUUUCCCAGGAGGAGAUCCUAUGGAUCCAAACGAGUUGCUUGUUGAGGAUUGUGAUGUUCUCAUUCCUUGCGCCUUGGGUGGUGUUCUCGACAGGGAAAAUGCUGCUGAUGUGAAGGCAAAGUUUAUAAUAGAAGGUGCAAAUCAUCCUACCGAUCCCGAAGCAGAUGAGAUUUUGUCGCAGAAAGGAGUCAUCAUUCUCCCCGACAUAUAUGCAAACUCUGGAGGCGUGACAGUGAGCUACUUUGAAUGGGUUCAGAACAUUCAAGGGUUCUUGUGGGAUGAAGAGAGAGUAAACAAUGAGCUUCAGAGGUACAUGAAGAAGGGUUUUAAGGACAUUAAGGCAAUGUGUCAAACCCAUGACUGCAGCCUCCGAAUGGGGGCCUUCACCCUGGGCGUGAACCGGGUGGCACGAGCUACCCUCUUGAGGGGUUGGGGAGCUUGAAGACUUUAUGAUAUUUGCACUUUCUAUUCUUCCUGAAGAAGAAGAAAGAAGAAAAAUGUCAACACUCAAUUUUCAGUCUUGUAUUUUAAAUAUGAGAGAAACUAUCAUUAGCCAAAAGCAUAAAUUUAUGUAGCUAAUUUUCGGUUU